UUUGUUUUUGAGUUAGCGGCGCGGGACGGGUGUUGCCGCAUCCUCACCCUGGGACGGUAAGAGCCGCUGCGCCACAACACACAAGCAUGAAUAAGAGGGAGCAAGCUGAGAAGCAAACCGAGGAGGUCAACCCAGUGCCCUCCGUGGUCCCUUCUCUGGUCAGGGAUCCAGAGGAGCCCGUGAAGAAGGAAGUAAAGAAAAUACAAGCUACAAUGAAAGAAACUCAACGGAUAUCACUUUGGGAUGAGGAUCAGAUUUCUACUGUGUUGGCUGGUAUCCACAUAGCCCCAGGCAGUGCUGAGUAUGAGGAACUCAGCAACCAGCCCUCUUCUUUACAUACUACUGGUGUCUCAGGAUUUCUCCUGAGGCAGGCCAUAGUACCAGCAGCUCCUGGUGUAUUCAAAAGCCUGUCAGCUUGUGUGCUACGGUGGAGCUUUCAAAUUUGGAAAACAUUACCUGCAAAAAACUUCCUUAAAAACAUUGUUCCCUCGGCCUGCCCCUAUUCCGGCCCAGCUUGCCUUCCAGUCAGAUGGAGAUACGUUGCUCCCACUGUCAAACUACCUUUGCUGAUCGGAAGGAGCAAGUCUCUCACUAUCACCUGGAUUGGCACCGCAACAACCUACGUCGUUCAUUGGCUGGCAAGACUCCGCUCACUGAGGACCAGUUUUGGGAUGAAUCAAGUGAUAUUUCUAGCAUCUCAUGCUCUGAAGAUUCAAGUGAAAGUGAAGAGGAGAAACAUGAUACUGGUUGGAAUUGAUGGGGAACAAGAUGUUAUCCAGCGUGCCAUGUCAGCGCCACGUAAGAAAAACUGGGCCAUUGUACUGCUUGGAGGUGGACAUUUUGCUGCUGCUAUUUACAGAGGCAAGGAAGUGAUUAUUCACAAAACUUUCCACAACUACACUGUGCGUGCCAAGCAGGGUGGCAGCCAGGGCACCAAGGACAGUCAGAGUGGUACCGUCCACCCGAAGUCAAGUGGAGCAUCUUUGAGACGAUACAAUGAGCAGUCUCAGCAACAGCAUGUCCAAGAAUUAAUGGAAUCCUGGAAGGUGCAUUUUGACAAGUGUGAUUUGAUUUUCUACCAUGCCAAGCACCACAAUAGGGCCACACUUUUUGGUGGGAAAAAGCCAAUUCUUUUGAAGAAUGAUGAAAGGCUCAGAGGGAUUCCAUUCUCAACAAGGAGAGCAAAAUUUUCAGAAGUAAAGAGAAUUUUUGGUCUUUUGUCAGAGGUUGUUGUUCAUGGUAAAGAAGAGGAGUUCAAUACUAUGGUAAGAGAAUCAAAUCUUGGAGAAAAGCAGACAAGCCCAAAGAAGAAAAAAGAAAGGAAACCAAAUAAUGCAAGAAAUACAGAAAGGAAAUUGAAGACUGAAAAAAAUGCUCCAGAUCUUGCUGGUGAUGACUCAAGCUCCGAAUCAGCACCAGGCAGUAGUGAGGAGAUGGAACUUGUCACUCAGAUGAAAACAUUCUCCACUACUGAUCUUGGGGGAUGCCACUUAUCUAUGAAGUCCAAGCUGGGUGCCAGAAGAGGAAAUGAAAGCAAAUCAAAAAAACAAGCUGCUAACAAGAGUAAAGAAGUCAAAAAAGGCAACACACACAAAACUAAAGUAUGGAACAUCAUUCAUAGUGCUUGUAAAAUGGGCAACAUGGAUAAUUUGUCUGCAGCUCUUAAAAUUCACUCUUCUGGACAGUAUGAAGAUCACAGUCUUGCACAAGAAGAGUUAGAGUCCAUAGCAUCCACAGACAUUCCUAGUGAUCUCAGCAAGAUAUGUUUUGGAUCGAAGUCUAGAACAAUGCUUCAUUUGGCUGCGGAAAAUGCACAGAAUGAUGUUAUUUGGUGGCUUCUUGAGCAGGGAUGCAAUCCAAGUGUUACUGAUGAGACCAAGAGGCUCCCAUUUGAUGAUGCUGCAGAUAAAGAGUGUCGUAAUACCUUCAGGCGCUUCAUGGCACAGUGGCCAGAUAGAUAUGAUUAUAAGAAGGCUAAAAUUCCAAGUCCAUUGACCAAGGAGCAAGAAUUAGAACAAGCAGCCAAGCUGGCUUUAAGAAGGAAAGUUCAGAGGCAGGCCAAGCAGGAGAGACAAAGGGAAAAGAAACAGCAAGAAAGACUAAAAGCCAAACAAGAAAAAGCAUUACUGGCAGAAGAAGAAGACAAGAAAAAGUUUCUUGAACUUAAUGACAGAGAAAAGAGAGCACUAGCAGCUGAACGACGAUUCCAGCAGCAGCAACUGCAGCAAGAAAAAGCCCCACAGUCAGUAUUGCGUUGCUUUAUGUGUGCCCAAGAUAUUUCUGGCAUCUCUCCCUUUGAAUAUAAUGACAACAAAUUUUGCACCACCAAGUGUGUACGAGAACACAGAAUGAAGAACUCUUGAUUACAGCAAGUAUAUACAUAGUGUGCAUUGCUUAUAUUUCUUUGUAAGAAUGGUAUUUACAAUCAUUGUGCAAUUUCAUAAUUAAGUCCAGUAAACCCUUGAUGCUUAUUGGUUUGGUCUCGUGGAUUUAUUACUCACAGGUUUUAAGCAGUGGAUAUAAAUAAUACUGAAUAUUGAGUAAAAUGAUAGAAAGAAAUGUUUAUUUGAGCCACAUACAGUCACAGAUGUUCUACAUGUGCUUCCAUCACUUUCUGGCAGUUUUCACCUUGCUAUCCACAACUCCUUGACUUCCAACAUGGACAACAAAUGGAAGGAUAGUGAUUCUUAAAUCAAUACUGAAGGACUAAGGAAGGUGGAAAAAGUGAUGAAAGUAAUGACAUUAAAUCAGAAAAGUAAACUGAUCCAUAAAUUAAAGAAUGGAAUGAGUUUCGCCAGCUGUGGACUGAUAUCAUUAUCUUUAUGUACAACAACACAAUCGCCAACUGGUUUUAUUACAGAUUUAACAGUAAAUAUCAGUAACUAUGAUGAAAUAAUGUCCUUUGCUGCAACAAAAUAUUAUUAUGAGUAAGUGCCAGAACCAAUAUGAUCAGUUUUCCAAAACACAACCAAACCUUGCCUUGCUGCCUGUGUGUCUCAAGUUGUUGGCCACAAUCUUUUGCUAUAUGUAUAUGUAUCAUGUUUGUUUUGUUUAGGUACACUUUCUAACUAUCUCAAAAGUAGUCCUGUUCUUUAUAUUCAUGCAUACAGUAUUUGUUAUCACCAUUGAAGAAUGUAGGGACAAAUGGGUUUAAAUUCCAUGCUCGUGGAUUUACAAUGCUGAUGUGGUUGUCAUUUCCUUAAUCUCCAUGAGCAUCAAGAGUUUACUGUAUGUGUUAUGUUGAAUUCUCAAAUAUAUGUUAUGAGCGAAAACUAUAUUUCCUGAGAUAGAUGAGAAAAUAUUUUUGUAUUAAUUUAGAAUAUUAUAACUUUUCUGAAGAAAAUAGUAGUGAAC